AGAGUGGAGGGCUUUUAAAGAUUAAUGUUGCCUUUCCGUAAGUGGUCAUCUCGUGUGGACCGUGGGCAUUGAGUGCUUUGUUUAAACAAUGUCGUGUUAUCUUGUGUAGACAAACACGGCGCGAUAAGAUUCUUCACUUGCUACUCUGUGAUUCUGCCGAUCCCACUUCUCAUGUUGCUCGGCGUCGAAAAUGAAAUUGCCCAGUUGGAUACUGCAAUGGCCAUCGAUAGUGCAAAAUAAUAGCAGUGCAAAUGUGCUGGAAGCCAAUCAGCCGUGAGACCAUACCGACUCCGAACGGGUGUACGGUAAAGUGAAAGUGAAAUUGGAUCGCCCCGGGGCAGAAAGUGGUGUGCGUCCAAGCGUCGUUACCGCCGACGUUUUCGUCGGGGUACUGUGGUGUUCCGCUGAUUGCAGUUGCAAAAUCAAAGCAACACAGAAAUCACUAGACGUGGCUAGUCGUUGCUACUGGGCGGCAGGUGCUAUUUGCGCAUCGUCAGCAUGUUGCCCAACACCCGAUCCCGAGUCGGCACCGUGGUCAGUUCUUGGCUGGUGCUGUGGUGUGCAUGUUUUUCCGGUGGCUUCGAGCGGUCGGUCGAAGCAGCCCACCUUACGGGCACGUUCGAGGUAGACGAGUUCUUUCGGUUUUUGCAAAAGUUUGGCUUCCAAAAGACGGAAAAGCACUCCCAAAAGGAUACAGAAUGGGACACGUUUGGAUACAUCUACGGGAAUAUUACCGCGCAGGUGAAUUUCACCGCCCCGGUCACGCUGGCGGUGCUGGAUAAGCGUAGUUUUCUGGAGUACUACGCAAACCGCAACGAUUACGAUCGAGAUUCGGCCUGCCAGCGGAUGUUCGACAAGCUGGACAAGAUCGUGUACAGUCGGGCGUGCAAUCCGCACGCGGAAGCUGACUACCUGAGGCGUAUACCGUGCGAGAAGGGAAAAUUGUGCCCUGAUGAGGACACCCGAGAAAAUGUCGUUCCGGGUAGUCAGUUUACGUUCGUCAUUAGUGAUCCUAAUGUGCCAAGGUUCUGGUACGUGUCAAUGGUGGCCUGUUAUCAGAAUGUAACCACCUGCCAGUGGCACUACUACGACUAUCGCAAGUACCACACCGAACCGCCGAAGAUAGAGUUCGAUAUUACGCUGGUGAAUGGAAACCCCAACAGGCAGACGCUUUCCUUCUUCAAUCCGCUCCUGUUUCACUUUUCCUUCGAUCGACAAAACACGCUGGAAAUGUAUCUGAUCUUCUUCGUCGUGUACCUACUAAUGGUUCCCCUGCAGAUCUACGCCGUACGGAUGCAGAAACACCCCGUCACGCGGCUCUUUACCGUCAGCCUGGUGCUGGAAUUUGUGAGCGUGUGUCUCUUACUGACGCAUACCAUCCGGUACGCCGUGAACGGCGUCGGUAACGAGAAACUGGCCGUUAUGGGGGAUAUAUUUGAUAUUUUUAGCAGAACCUCAUUCAUGCUAAUAUUGCUACUCCUGGCUAAGGGGUGGGCUGUGACUCGGUUACAAAUCAGCGUCAGCAGUUGGAUCUUGCUGAUGGUCAUCUGGAUACCGUACUGUGCCAUACACGUGCUACUUUACAUAUGGAACAGGACGGAAGUUGAUAUUAUUUCCGAUAUUGACGAGUACCAAACGUGGCCCGGAUGGUUGGUGCUAGCCUGCCGAACCACGAUGAUGCUGUGGUUUCUCUGGGAACUGCGUACGACCAUGAAGUACGAGCACUCAUCGCAGAAGCUGGACUUUCUGCUCCAUUUCGGCGCCUCGAGCCUGGUGUGGUUCAUCUACCUACCGAUCGUGGCCAUCAUCGCUGUGAAUGUUAGUCCGCUGUGGCGGUAUAAGCUUUUACUAGGUAUAACGAAUUCCGCUGACUGCUUGGCGUACUGUGUGAUGAUGGGCUUACUGUGGCCUAACCGUGCAGGGCAAUAUUUGCUGUUGACGGGAUCAAACUUUGGUGGUAUGGAUGAGCUGGAUGAGUUCAAUGAGGCACCGCACAUAGUGCAUCGGGACUCCGACACGCUCCACAGUAGCAACGGAGAUCUGGCGGUGGACGACUAUCUGGACAAUGAUGACGAUGAGAUAGAAACGCUCGUGCUCAGUACUGACGAUCUGCUGCAUGCGGGCAACUCGCUGCCCAUUUCGGGUGGCGGUAGCAAACCCCUCACGUUGCACAACGGAAGUGCAAUGAACGGUGGCCUCGGUAAAAGUGGUAGAUCCUUCGACUAGAUUACUUCGACUAGGCGCAAAGGGCAUGCUUUCUCUCAGGUUCGAUCGGAUCCGAAAGGGGCAGAACUAAACCGUGUCAUUAAGAACCCCAACAAACACACACGCAUCGUAGUGUAAACGACGAAUCUUUAGAACGAAUUUAAUUCAUCCAAUGCCAACCGGUGUUGGGAGUAGGGGGGUUUGUCACCGCGUAUCGAUCGUAAGGAACUUUUUGAAACAAUUUUUGAGGAAAAGAUAACCUAACCAACAGAGGAAGAAACAUUCAAGCCGUUAAAAAAACUCGGCAUGAAAUAGAUAUAAAAAUAUCUGGUCACUAAUUAAUAACGACCGAAUUAGUAGGAAACAACGUCGUGUAUUCCAGCACACCAGUGUGAACCACUAAAGCCACUCGCUCAACGCUACGUUCGCGUUUGAGAAACUCUUCCAUUUGCUUGAACAAAUUAUGAAUAUAACGAACUAUUUCUUAUGCGUCAACCCGACGGAUGGUGCACGGAUAGUUUUAACGCAUGGGCUCAGCGAGACAUAAGAGAGCCCUUAUCGUAAAACAAAUAUGCAACAAUAGCAGUAAAUUGUAGAGAAAUUUGAUCGGAUGAAACGUUUGAUUUUGUAGAAACGCCGAUUGGAAGGAUAGAGGGAAAUGAAUGAAGUGAAAAACAAAACAAGUAUUGUGUGAUAUGGAAUUCAUAGCAAUUAUGCAAACCGAAUGAGAUAUAAACUAUUAACUACUUUUACUAGCGCAUUAAGCAUAGUCACUAUUUUACCCGUACACUAUUUUAAAUUUGUCUCCGGGUCUGAUACUGAUAGGAUACGAACAGCUGUGUGGUGUUUAUUUUAAGUAUUGCGUGUAGUAUUCUCUCGAUCGCU